AUUGACUCUGACGGCGUACACACACGAGACGAUGAGGCUGAGUCAGUUAUAUAGCUGGUCUCUCCUUCCCAACAAAAUUUAGACGACGAAGACGACGACUCUCUCCAUCCUCAUCAUCGAUCAAAUCAGGGCAGCGAGGAUCCCCCAUCCAUCGGGAUGGACUCCAACAGCAACGCCAAUCCGCCGCCACCGCCGCCGCAAGCAGAUGCCGGAGGAGACGGCGACAAGGCGCCGGCCUUCGACGCGCCGCAGUCGCCGCCGGAGCCGGUGAGGGAGGACUACGUCCAGAACGCCGUCAAGUUCCUCUCCCACCCCAAGGUCAGGGGCUCCGCCGUCGUCUACCGCAGAUCCUUCCUCCAGAACAAGGGCCUCACCAGCGACGAGAUCGACGAGGCCUUCCGACGAGUACCCGAUCCGCAGCCCACCGCUGCCUCGCCGUCGACCCAGGCCCAGCCGCCUGCUCCUGCGGCCGCCGCGCCUCUGCAGACUUACGCGCAGCCGCAGUCAGCAAUCGUUGUCGCUCAGCAGCAUCCCAGGUUCACCUGGUACCGCGCCUUCGUCGCCGCGGGCCUCUUGCUCGGCUUCGGAGCCAGCGCUGCCGUCUUCAUCAAGAAACUGUUCCUCCCGAGGCUCAAGUCGUGGAUCCGCAAGGUCGUGGCCGAAGCCCAGGAGACCGCCGACCUCAAGUCCAAGAUCGACGACGAGACCAAGGAGGCCGUCAGGGCUUCGUCAGAGGCCGUCUCUGCUAUCGCCAGGACCAACCAGGAGUUGCUUGCUUCAAAGGAUGAAGAAAAGAAGAUACUCGUGACUCUGACGCAUGCGCUGGAUUCCCAAGCAAAGGUGCUGAAAUCGUUGAGCGAGUCGCUGAGUCAUAGCAGGGACUCCGUAAAUGUUACCAGGGAGGAUAGGUUUGCGCACUAUCGCCCGUUGGAAGAUCAUGCCGUGAGGAAUGGGCCUGUUAACACUCCAUGGAGACCUCCUCAGCAACCUAAUAUGUAUGGUGUGCCAAAUGGUGACUUUGGUUCAGCAGGAAGGCCUUCAUUUGCGCCAGCACCUACUGAACCUACAUCUGGAUCAUUUUCAAGAUCUUAUGUUGAGCAGACAGUGCAGCGAGCGGAUAGAUCUUCUGGGAGUAAGCAGCCAUGGGAGAUGCCGCAAUACGCACAGCCAAAGCUUGGCUAUGGAUCCAACACCCACUUGAGCGAGGAUGGAUCAUACUCCGAGGCUCAGGAGAACUAUGGCCCUUCGUACCACCAGAACGGAAAGGCCCCUGAUUUCCAAACGGAGGAGCCCAGGCCGCUGACAUACAGUACCGGGGCUGAGGAAAGGCCGCCACCUCAGCGCCGCUGGGUUCCCCCUCAGCCUCCAGGCGUCGCCAUGCCAGAAGCCGCGGCUGCCAUACGUCAACCAAAGUCCCUUACAAAGCAACCGUCGAGCGACAUGUCCGAGGCAGCUGGUGAGAUGCAGGUGAAUGGUGCCCAGAGUUCGUCUUCUGUUGCUGCCGAGGUGCCGGUCAAUGGCAGCGCCGUGAGUGAUGCUGGACGCGGCGAGAUUGAAGAACAGGUGGAAGCCAUCUGAGUAGCAGGCGGGCCAACCAACGACGCGAAGCAGUCUGUCUGAAGUUCUAAACAAGGUUCUAGUCCGUCUAGCAGUUUGUCAUAAGCUUGUGAACAUAUUUGGGUUGCUUAUUGCUACGGGGUAGCUGAAGAUGGAAUAAAACAGAUCACUUUUAUAUCUUGCUAUGUGGUUUUGAGUUUAGACUAUGUAUACUACUACUCUAUACGCUGAAAAAAUAGUAAGAAAAAUUCUUA